CUAAAGAUCGAUCUAGUCAACGCUUAUGACAGAUUGAGCUAGAUGUUCAUUCGGGAGACUCUCGUGGAGGUAGGGCUUCCUUGAACCAUCAUCGAAGUGAUUAUGCAAUGUAUCUCCUUGGCUUCUAUGCAGGUCCUCUAGAACGGUUGCACAACGGAGGAGAUUACGCCCUCACGUGGACUUCGCCAAGGUUUCCCGCUCUCACCAUACUUAGUUUACGCUAUGUAUGGAGAGAUUGAGCCAGACAAUAAAGAGGACAGUGCAAGACGGGUAAUGGAAACCGAUCAGGACGUUCCCAGGAGGCCCUCCAUUAUCUCACAUUUUCUUUGCAGAUGAUCUUAUCUUGUUUAGAAGUUUCAUUUGGGGAUCAUCUAAAGAGGCCAGGAAAAUUCAUCUUGUACACUGGGAAGCUGUAUGUAGGCCAAAAUCGGAAGGAGGACUGGGGAUCAGGAGUGCUCACGAGCUCAACCAACCAUUCCUGGCUAAGCUGGCUUGGCAUUUCACAAAGAAGUCGGAGGAGUUGUGAGUGCGUGUACUCCAGGUGAAGUAUUUCAAGAGAUCCAAUGGAGCUUUAGUGGCCAAAUCGUCGCCAAGAAAGUCUAAUGCUUGUCGAGGAAUAAUGAAGGCCUGACCAAUUAUGUUAUUUGGCAUGAAGAUGAGUAUCAAAGAUGGUUGCAGUACCUCGUUCUGGACUGACAACUGGGUGGAUAAUGGAGAGUCGCUCCUCGACUUGGCUUGCGAGGAUGGGCCUGAGAUCGAUUCGAAGACCGCGGUGGCCGAGUUUGGAACUAGCUCUGGUGAGUGGAACAUCCCAAAACAUUGUUCUUGUCUUCUUGAGGAUGUUGUUUUGCAGGUUUUGGGGAUCCAGCCCCCGAGAGUAGAUUCGAGAGAGGACAUAAUGACGUGGGGCUCGGAGAAUGAUGGUCAUUUUCGUGUCAGGUCGGCUUAUGAGAUCAGAAAAUGGGAGGUGGACAGAGAUGCUGACAUCGACUAGUGGUCUAUUUGGCGUUGGCGGGGUCCUGCAAGGGUCAACCGUUUCAUGUGGCUGGCAAUACGUCAGAGACUGUUGACGAACCAGGAGCGGAACCGAAGGCAUUUGAUAGGAGCACCCCACUACUCCAUCUGUGAGAAUCAGACGGAAACAGUCAUGCAUGUGUUGCGGGAUUGUCCUUUUUCCAGGUUAACUUGGUUGCAACUACCUCAGCUUUCUGAUCACCGAGACUUUUUUGUCAGCGAUACACAGGAGUGGAUUCAACGAAACAUCAAUAGAGAACACACUUGCCUAGAUUUGGCAUUAUCUGCUAGUCCCUGUGGAGGACUAGAAACGACAGAGUGUUUCAAAACAAAGUCGUUACAACUGAAGCUUUCUUAUGGCGCGUCCAAGCAUGGAUAAAUGUCGUGCGUAUUGCCAUGGACAAAGAUAGGCUUGUUCAUUCGCCUAAUCUACCUGCUAGAACGGAGAUGGAGAUCUCAUGGAAGUCGCCACCUUCAGAGUGGGUUAGGGGUGUACAUGGGUCGGGUGGGUUGGGUUUUGACCACUUUAGUCACCCAACCCAUACACCACGGUUUAUAAAUCAUGAAACCCAAACCCACCCAAUAAAAUUAGAACCCUAUGGUUUGGGUCGGUUCGGAUUAGAGUAUAAAUCCAACCAAAACCCAACCCAUCCACGGUGCAAAAUAAAUCUUUAAUUCUAUUAUCCAUUCAUUUGUUUAUACAAUCAUAACUUCAUGCUUUCAGAUUCUAAACUACGUAAACCAAGAUGAUUGAGCCAAUUGCAAUUCUACUAUGUAAUAAUCCAAAUAGCACCAGUAUGUAUAUUUAUUUAGCUACUUACCUGCUAUUGAAUUAGUUUUCAAGAAAUGUCAUUUAUAGAAAAGAAGAUUAAAAUGGGAUGAUGCAGAAACUCAAACAACUGGAACGUGGAAAAGUAAAGGACUUACAGUGGAUAACCUUGAGCCCGUGAGAAUUGAUGAUUUGCAGGUGGGUUGGAUUCUCGGGUUGGACUAUUCCCAAACUAAUCCGGCCGAGCAUAUGGGCGUGUUACAAUAAACAAAUCCGGACCCAACCAUAUAUUUUGUAGCUCAACGGUUUUAUGGGUGGAUCGGUUUGGAUUGACGGGUUGGAUCGGUUUACGGGUUGAUAUGUUCACCCCUAGAGUGGGUUACUCUUAAUUUAGACGGCUCCGUCAUUCAGUAAUCAGGUCACGCUGCAACUGGUGGCCUAAUUAGAGAUCAUACAAAAAGCUGCUCUACAGCUUUCGCUAUAAACUUGGGUAUUUGUUCUGUUACCCGAGUAGAGUUGAGAGGCGCUAUGGAAGAUCUUCAGUUGGCUUGGGACAUGGGUCUUCGCCGAGUCAGGGUGGAGCUCAACUCCAGGUGUGCGGUCCAGCUCUUACAGAGCAGAGAUAGACCUGAUCAUCAUUAUGCUGAUUUGAUCGACCUGUUCCAGGAUUUGCUUUCUCAUAAUUGGGAAGUGUCCGUUUCCCGUAUUUAUCAUGAGGGAAACCAGUGUGCUGACGCCCUCGCUAAUAGGGGUUAUUCGUUACCUUUCGGAUUUCAUAGGAUUGAGGUUUCGGAUCCUGCCCUUUGUAAUUUGCUUAUGUAUGACUGUCAAGGCAUUUCUGUGCCCCGUUUUGUUGUGAAUGAAAGCUAAGAUGCGUUGCAUCCAUUUACCAUAAAAAAUUGAGAUCACAUUAUUGCAAAAUGAAUUUUUUCAUGUUUCUAUAAAGGGUAAAUUGCAAG